AAAACAAAACGCCUCUGCCGUCAUCAUCAACGCAUCGUUAUGACUGUCUCAGCAAUUGGAUCUAAUCGGCACCGUCGUUUGGCUUUAAUUGUUUUGACCACCUUGUGGCUGCUAAUCGAUGCCACCGCCUCCUCCUCCUCCGCAUCCAAUCCCAAAUCCGUAAGCAUUGAGCUGCGUCGCAAGAGGAGCUUGCAAUACAAUGGCAUUGAGCUGGACGAGAACACUCUGUUGGGCCAUCUGAGGGAGCACGAGAUGGCGCUGAUCUUUGGCUCACGAUCUCCGGAAGAGGCGCCCGAAUUCAAACUCGUGCACUUGGCCCAGCAGCAGGAGCAGCAGGAGGGGAGUCCCCAAGAUGGAGCACAGCUGGAGCAGGAGGGGAUCACCCAAAAGCGACGUCAACGCCGCAGCCUGCCAAUACAAGAUGACGAGGUGCCGCCGGCGGAGAGGGGGGAGGAGCCAGGGGAGGAGGCUGGAGAGGAUGGGGAUGCAGUGGAGGCCCGGUUGCAGCUGCAACAGUCGCCGCAGCUAAUCGACGACGCCUUCAUCUUCAUCCGCCGCACCGAGAAUGGAACGCAGUUCGUAGAGCACUCCCCGCAGCUCCUCAAGCGCCUGGAGCGAUGCUUCUACCGGAGUCCAGCGGCUGCCCUAGAUCUCUGCGAGCCCGGCAACGUGCGCGGCGUUUUCCAGCAGAAUGGCAGUGACCUGGUGAUCCAUCCGCUACCCGCGCGCUUUGGCACUGGGACGCAUGUGCUCUACCAAGCGAGAGUGGACAAGAGCGGCGGCGGCUACAGUGGGGCGUCGUCAAGGCGAACGGCGCCACCGUUAGACGACAGCCAGCUGCAGUUCGAGCCCGAUGCGGAGGAGUUCAACGAACCGCGCCGGCGACUGCGGGCCCAGACUCAGGCGCAGUCCCCGCUGAGAUUGCGCUUCCAGCCACGACAUCAUCAUCAUUCUCAUCAUCCCCAUCAUCAACGCAGGCGUCGCUUUAUUGGGGAUCCUCCGCGCAACCGCUGGUCGGACAUUCCGGAGGAGCUCUUCAUCGAAACGGCCAUCUUUGUGGACAGCGAUCUCUAUGCCCACAUGCAGCGCAAUUUCCCCACCAACACGGAGAGCAAGGUGGUCAGCUUUCUGCUGGCCAUGAUCAACGGGGUCCAGUUGCUGUACCAUCAUCCCACCCUGGGUCGCCGCAUAAACUUUGUGCUCAAACGCCUGGAGAUCUGGAAGUCCUGGGAUCCGCCGGGCCUGGUUCGUUCGAGGGAUGUGGAGAAUUACCUCAACAGCUUCUGCAAGUGGCAGGAGAAACUGAACCCCUUCUCCGAUGCCGAUCCCCUGCACUACGACCAUGCCCUCGUCCUCACCGGUCUCGACCUGGUUACCUACGAGAAGGGCAAGGCCAACAGCCAGGUGGUGGGCAUGGCCACGGUCAAGGGCAUGUGCACCUCCAUCUACUCCUGCACCAUCAACGAGGCCAAGCACUUCGAGAGCGUCUUUGUGGUGGCCCACGAAAUCGGACACAAUUUGGGAAUGAGGCACGAUGCCAAGGAGAUUAGCUGUGAUCCCACCAUGCACAUCAUGUCGCCCAAGUUAGGAAGUGGCAAGGUCACCUGGUCCAAGUGCUCGCGCACCUACCUCGAGAAUUUCUUAACGGACCCCCAGGCCGAGUGCCUCUUCGAUCGAGAUCAGUUCGUGGGUCCUUGGGAUCACACUGCCGGUGGUCGUCUGCCUGGCGAGCGAUUCAAUGCCAAUCAGCAGUGCAUGUUGCGCUUCGGUAAGAACUUCAUGCAGGCCAGCAGCCAGAGCAAGAUGGAAAUCUGUCGGGAUCUCCACUGCCGCCAGGAUGGACUGCCCUGGACCUCGCAUCCUGCCCUGGAGGGCACCGAGUGUGGAGCUAAUAUGUGGUGCCGCGGUGGCUCCUGUGAGGCUCGUUCCACCAGGCAGGGCAGCUACUCAGCCCUCAAGUCCUGGCCGCCCGAAAACGUGCCCGAGGCCACGCACGAGAAAAUCUUCAGACACGAGCCGAACCGCAUAGCUCCUCAGCAGAACGACUAUAAUUUGCUGGGAAACGAGCUGCCCGGUUCACCCUCGAAUUGGGGCGAAUGGAGCGAGCCGAGUGCCUGUGAGUCGGGCUGCCUGUACGGACAGUCACGCCGCCUCCUGGAGGGCAGCACCGGACUGCGAACCUUCAACCGGAGCUGCCUGAACUUUCCCUCGCGCUGCAUUGGCCGGGAUAGGCGAUUCGUGACCUGCAACUCGCCGCAAUGCCACAAGGUGCCGGUGCAGACGAUCGGCGACUUUGCCAGCCAGGUGUGCAUGCAGGCGCGGAAGUCGGAUCCCGAUCUCACCGGCGAAGGCCAGCAGUUGAGCAGCACCCUGGACGCCUCGUGCAAGAUCUUCUGCCGCACCAAGACCAAUGGCACCAAGUCGCGGCGUUGGACCUUUCCCGAUGGCACCACCUGCCAGUCGAAGCAACACAAUCCGGAGGAUAUUACCUACUGCAUUUCAGGAAGAUGUGAGCGGUUCUCCUGCGACAAUGCCACCUCGAACUUCUUCAGGAUGGACGGCAGCUUCUGCGAGGCGAGGUCAGUGCGGCCGACGAGGGACUCCUCGGAUCAGGAGAGCAGGCAGCAGUCGACCAGCCAGCGAUAUGCCGAGAGGCAGGAGGGAAAACCAUCCAAAAAUCACUAUGAGAAUGAGGUGGCAAAACGUCCUUCGUAUGGCCAAGGCAACCAUAUCAGUUCCCCACCAUCGCCGUACAAGAGGAGGACCUAUCACAAGCCGUAUCCAUAUCCACCGGAGAUAUCGCGACCUCCGCCACCGGCCUCCGCCUCACUGAUCGCCCUCGAUCGCAGCUCAUCAUCGGAAUCCGAGUGGGUUGUGCAUCCCGGCUGCCACUCCAACUGCAUGACGGACUCCAAGGGUGUCCAGGGAGUCACUUCGCGGCUGACUGGGGUGGAGAGCAUCCAGCUCUGCUCGUAUCGCAUUCAGCCCUGCGAACGUUUGCAGACGGCAGCUGAGUUUGCCGAGCAAACCUGCGCACGAUAUCGCCAGAAGGUGCGGGGAUUAUCCGGUCAUGGGGCCCAGAUCUCCGCCAGCAUCGAUGAGCCGGAUCGCAGCUGCCGUGUGGGCUGUCAGGACGAGUUCAUUAAGUACCGGUACUACCUGGUCAACGGCCGCAAUGGACACUUUCCGCCCGGCACUCGCUGUUCGCCGGUGGGCAAAAGAUAUUGCGUAUACGGCAAGUGCCUGGAAUUUGGCGACGAUGAUAUGCCGCUGGAGAAAACCCACAUCAGUUUGGGCCAACUGAGGACGCGCCGGAAAAGAAGUUUGCCCUUCAAUGAUUUGCUCAACUUAACGGAGAUACAAAGCACUGUGAACCUUAAACAAACACCUUUGGAUGUCUCCGCCGAACACAUCGAAUUCACCCAACCCAUUCACGUCUCCGCAGACGAACUGAGUAGCAAAAGCCUAUAGCCCAAUAGCUUCCUGGCCACAAUUCCCUUAGUCGAUUAAGUUCUAAGCUAGCUUAAGUUCAAGGCUGGCCAAAAAAACUGCCUUUGAAGUAUAUAUGAAAUAAUAAACGAUAAGGAGAUAAAUAUUAUAUUAUA